GACCUCUUCACCUCUUCUCCCUCUUCACCCCUUCACGUUCCCCCCACGUCCGUCCUUCCCCUCUCUCCCCGCCCACCCCUUCGCCCUUCUUCCCUUCUUCCUCGGUUCGUCCAGGCCAUCGCGUUCCACCGCGUGUCACGUUCCACCGACGUAACGCCGACGAAGCUUCCAACGACACCGACAACGACCACGACGACAGCGACGACGAAUACGAAUACGAAUACGAAGCUUGACUAGGAUGUCCUACGGAGACGAGAAGGCACCCGUGCGGGACGUAGAGGCCGGCUCUGCGCCCUCGAUCACCUCCACCGAGAUCGCGGCACAUGUGGGUGUGCGCAACAUCGAGGCUACGCAUAAAGUCUUUGGGAAGUAUUCGAAGUGGUGUUUGUUUAUUAGUUUGGGUCUUGCGGCGUACAUCUACUCUCUCGAUGGCACGACGACGUACAACUACCUCGCGUUCGCUGCUUCGUACCUUGGUGGACAUAGUUUGAUCAGUACCAUCCAAGUCGCGCAAGCUAUCAUCGUUGCUGUUGGUAAACCGGUUAUUGCGAAGAUUGCGGACGUCAAGUCCCGACCUAUCGCGUAUGUUCUCGUCUUGAUCUUCUACAUCGUCGGCUACAUCGUCAUCGCAUCCGCCAAGAAUGUUGGAACUAUCGCAGGUGGAAUCGUCAUCUACGCCAUCGGCUACACCGGCCUCCAACUCCUCACGCAAAUCAUCAUCGCGGAUAUCACAGUCCUCAAAUGGCGUGGGCUCGUCUCCUCACUCAUGUCCCUCCCUUUCAUCAUCAACGCCUUUGUCGGCUCCAACAUCUCCACCGCCGUCCUCGAGGGCAGCGCCGGCUGGCGCUGGGGCUACGGCAUGUUCGCCAUCCUCGUCCCCGCGACCCUCUCCCCGCUCAUCGUCACCCUCAUCUGGGCUGAACGCAAGGCUAAGAAGCAGGGCUUGAUCAAGGACGAUGGGGAGAAGAAGCCGGUGUUGCAGAGUAUGCUUGAUACGGCGAAUAAGCUCGAUGUUGUGGGCUUGUUCUUGCUUGGUGCUUGUGUUGCGCUUAUUUUGUUGCCGAUGACGCUUUCGAGGGUGUUGGGUAAGGGGUGGCAGUCCCCUUCGAUGAUUGCGACCAUCUGCGUUGGUGGUGCUCUUAUCCCCGUCUACCUGAUCUGGGAGGCCAAGUUCACCAAGUACCCCGUCAUCCCCCGUCGGUUCCUGCUCAACAAGACGGUUGUGAUCGCCUGCCUCAUCGGUGCUCUCGACUUUGUCAGCUUCUACAUCUCCUACGCCUACCUCUACUCCUUCGUCAUCGUCGUCAAACCCUGGUCCCUAAAAAACGCGACCUACUUCAUCCAAUGCCAAACUGUCACACUCACCGUCUUCGGUAUCGUCGGUGGUGCCCUCAUGCGCUACCUCCGUCGGUACAAGCCGAUCCUCAUCGGCGGUCUCGCCAUUCGCCUACUUGGAACGGGUCUGAUGAUCCAUUCGCGAGGUGCGAAUGCGAGCGAUGCGGAGAUUGUGUGGUCCCAGAUUUUGCAGGGGAUGGGUGGGGGGAUGGCGGCUGUGUCGUCGCAGGUUGCGGCGCAGGCUUCGGUGCCCCAUAUUGAUACUGCGAGUGUUACUGCGAUUGUGCUUUUGAUUACGGAGAUUGGUGGGGCUGUUGGGAAUGCUAUUGCUGGUGCGGUGUGGACUUCGCUCAUGCCCGACCAACUCGCGAAGCACCUGCCCAUGCUCGACCAAGCGACGCGCGACCAAUUGUUCGGUUCUAUCGUCGCCGUCUCUGCUGAGCCGAGAGGCCACCCUAUCCGUGAAGCCGUUAUCCUCGCCUACGACAACGUGAUGCUCAAACUCUGCAUCGCGGCGUGCGUCUUCGCGGUCCCGCCCCUCCUCCUCUCGCUUUUGAUGCCGAAUUGGUACCUUGGAGACUUCCAGAAUGCGGUUGAGCAGACUGAUUUGGCUGGGAGUGUUGUUGGUGGUGAUGAGUCUAGUGAGAGAGGUGUUGGUGAGAAGGGUGAUGGGUCUAGUGAGAAGGGUGGGGUUGGUGAGAAGGGUGAUGGGUCUAGUGAGAGGGGUGUUGUUGCGCAGCAGGUAGGUCAGGGCCAGACACAGCCUGGCUCGAAUGCUGUGGCUGCACAGUAG